GAAACCAUCCAGCUUCUCUUCCAACGAAUCUCUUCCUCACCAGUCACCCAGCAUUCGCUCGCUGGGGACAGAUUUUGCCAGCAUGCAGUUCGCCUUACCUCCACGGAGGGCCCCAAUCACUCCGGUGUACGGACGAUCCUCGCGAUUCUCGUUACAGCGCAGGAAACAGCUCAAAGCCAUUGCCAUCCUCGCCUUUGCGCUCCUCACCAUAUUCUUCCUCCUUUCCCAAUUCUUCUACACAAGCACUGGCACCCCUGCUGUGUCCGCGAGCACUUCUGGUGUUGUCAUCGUCACAGUGUUAGAUCGGGUCGGCUUCAGCGAAGAUUACAUCGAGAAGAUUGUCAAGAACCGGGAGGACUACGCAAAGCGUCAUGGGUAUACGAAUUUCUUCGCCAAUGUGUCUGACUACGAAUCCUCCAUCGGCGACUCGCCGCAGAGCUGGGCGGUCAUCCCCGCCGUCCGGCAUGCGAUGGCAUCCCAUCCUUACUCACAGUACUUCUUCCACCUCGAAGCGCACGCCCUGAUCAUGAACCCGAGCAAGUCGCUGGGGUCGCAUGUCCUGGACAAGCAGCGGCUCGAAUCGCUGAUGCUCAAGGAGGUCUCCGUCGUGCCGCCCGACAGCAUCAUCAAGACCUUCUCGCAUGUCCACCCCGAAGACGUCGACCUGAUCAUCACCACCGACAAUGAGGACAUGAGUCCCGGGAGCUUUGUGCUGCGGCAGGGCGAUUUCGCCAAGUUCUUCCUGGACUUGUGGUUCGAUCCCCUGUAUCGGAGUUAUAACUUCGCGAAGGCGGAGACGCAUGUCUUGGAUCACAUUGUCCAAUGGCAUCCCACCAUCCUCGCCCGGUUGGCGCUACUGCCUCAGCGAACCAUCAACGCCUACAGCAAGGAUUGCUCGGCGGCGGCGGCGAACGGCAUCUACAAGGACGGCGAUCUUGUCAUCCGAUUCCUUGGCUGUAACACCGAUACGAAGCGGAGCUGCGAGAAAGAGAUGGAGCCCUACUACCGCCUUUGGCAGACGAAAUUGAAGACUGGGUGAUCUCCAUUCACUCCAACUGGUUUCUUUAUUUUUUACUUUUUCUUGCUGGAAUUUGGAGUUGUGUGGUUGUGGGUUUGGGGGGGGUACGAAACUGUCUUUUUUGUUCUUACUGGUUUAUUGUUCCAGGUGUUCUCUGGAGUUUCAUGAGGAUGCACC